CUGAGUAGUAACAGACUGAGAUCUCGUCAGUGGUAGAUUUAAAAGUAGCAACAAUUUUCAUAGAGAGGACUACCAAAUUACAAAGGCUCAUUCUGCAGAAGUGGAUGCCCUGCCAAACUAGCGGUUGAUAUAACUUACUGUGAUGAUUUAGCGAGCUCAGAAAGAAUUAAACCAUCAGUAAAAUGACAGACUUGGUACAUUUCAAAGCAUCUGGUCAGAUCUCAUGGAAUUUCUUGGCUACUACAUGUUCAGUCAGACAAAGACAUGGGGGCGAAUCCAUGAUCACCUUGUAGUAUUUCACUGGACACCUCAGAAAAGCAGAUGGGAGUAGUGAGCGGUGGAUAAGUGAUUUCAAGAGUUCCCAGGCUCAGAUAACUCCAAGACACAGACCCAAACCCCACUUCAGAGUCAAGGUUCCCAAAUUCAUCUAAGGUGAACCACCUGGGAUUUGCAGUGACCUUCACAUUUUGCUGCUGAUCAGAAGGAUAGCAUUUAAUAAUCACUGGCGAGGCGAAGGAGGAGGGGACCAGACAAAGAAGGAAGGGAUUUUGCAGCAAUUUGGUUUCUUGGAGGAUAUAGAGAUGAACAAAACAGCAGACAAAGUGUGAGUCCCACUUCUGUGCUCUUCAUCCAAAUUACCAGGACUUCAAAGACUUGCUGCUAAGUACAGAUAUUCAGCAUACUUUGAAAUGGUUGAAGCUGACCUAUUGGUCCACUGCCCUGGCUUUCAAGAAAUGGUUCUUCCAUGCUGGAUGGAGCUGCUGAAGGGACUGCCAUUGCGCCGUACUUUCCUGGCUGUCAUCCUGAACCUGCUGGCCCUCACCCUCUCCACCACUGCCUUGCUGGGCAGCUACUGGUGCACUGGGACCCAGAAAGUACCCAAGCCUUUGUGUGGGAAGAACAAAGCCUCCCAGUGCGUGGGUGUCCCCAUGCCAUCUGAUGAAGAUACAAGCAAUGUUUCAUCUGAGGACACAGUGCAUUACAGCUGGGAGACUGGAGAUGACCGCUUUGCCUUCAGAUACUUCCACACAGGGAUGUGGCUUUCCUGUGAAGAGAGCAUGGAAGGACCAGAAGAGAAAUGCCGCAGCUUUAUUGAGCUUUCGCCACCAGCUGAGAGAGGAAUCCUGUGGCUGUCACUGGGAUCAGAGAUGCUGUACAUCAGCUUGCUGCUCAUCAGCUUCAUCCUCCUGAUGGUGGAAAUUCUGCAUACUGGCAAUCCUGUCUGUGGGAUGAAGCUCAAUGCCUUUGCUGCUGUCUCCUCAGUGCUGUCAGGUCUCCUUGGGAUGGUGGCACACAUGAUGUACACUCAAGUCUUCCAGGCAACAGUUAAUCUGGGACCGGAGGACUGGAGACCGCACACGUGGGACUAUGGCUGGGCAUUCUACAUGGCCUGGGCCUCCUUCACCUGCUGCAUGGCCUCUGCUGUCACCACUCUCAAUACCUACACCAAGACGAUACUGGAGUUCAAAAGGAACCACAUCAAGGGAUAUGAUGGGACCCUCAAGGAUCACCCUCAGCACCACCAAUGCUUCAUACAGCAAAUAAGCAGCUACUAUGAGCCCAAAGGCAAGGUCUUCCAUUCAGUUUCUGAAGGAGUUGACUUCUACACUGAUCUGCAGCAGAAAAUGCUACAGCGGGAACCAGAGCUGGACCUGGAUGAAGUCUUGGGCCAGACAAUUGGGGAGGAUCGCUGUUAGGGAUGAGUGUACAGGGACAGAGCAGUGCGGUUUGGGAUGCACAAGAGCUCUGAACCAAGCAAUGGCACCACUGUUAGCAGGUUUUGUGGAGCUCUUCUUGUCUCUACAGGGAGUGAAGAGGAGGUGGGAACUGGGUCAGGGCAACUAGAGUAGAAGUUUGGGGAUCCUCUGUGGUCGUAUACAGUAUGAUAGGUGCCCUCAUCUGACAAGGGUGAAACUGGAGGGACAUGCUGGUGCCAGCUGUCUCUAAGCACUUUCAGAGUUGAGUCAGAUGGCCUAAUCCCAGUAUUGCACUUGGGAACACAGUCAGUACCAUCCAGAUGGCAAAUUGCACUGCUGGGUAGUGUCACACUGACCUUCCAUCAACGCCUCCAGUUAAGUGCUAUGGUGAAGACAAUCAGUGUUCAUAUUGAUCAGCUGCCACCCUCUCUGAACACCCUGUUUAUUCUUAAUUUUCAGACCCAAACUAUUCUCCCUGCCCCCAGAUUAAAAGUCCUGCUGCAGUAAGA